GUUUACUUGGAUCGCGCGCGUCCCGGGUUUAUUAUUGCGCUUACCCGCUCUUAAUAUUACUUAUGCUCACAGUCAAUUUUCAGGAGCAGCAUAACUUUCUACCCGAGCACAAGAACAUUCUUGGGCAGAUUAUUGUCGAGCCCUUUUUUGUAUCAGAUCGGUUUCGUAUGGUGUCUGCGAAGUGAAAUUCAGUGCAAUUGAAUAAUAACCCUCAGUGGGGUACUCGCCGAAACGUUAGUGUUCUAAUUUUUGUGACAAACCCAUCUCGAUGAAAUAAACAGCAGGAAGCUCCUCGCAGACGCCAUCAAAAUGAUUUCGAGCUACUUUGAAAUUUUGCUCAUCUGUGGCAUAAUUCUGGUGCCAAUCCUCUAUGAAACAUCGCAUAAAUUUCGGUACCACUUCAAAUUUUUCGUGUACUAUAUUGUGGUCAUCCUAAUCUCAUUAAUGCUGAUACCGGUGACAUUGUUGCGGCCUAAGAAUGUACGAAAUCUAGUGAAUGUUCGACUUCUGGCAUGUCAUGGACAAGUGCACGGUGAUAGCCAAAAAGGAACUGCUCUACACGGGCCCAUUCGGCAUUGGUGCAUGGCUCAGCGGGUUGAUUUUCAUCGAUCGCAAAAACCCCGAAAACGCUCACAACGCUAUGAACGAUGCGGCCACCAUGAUGAAGGAAAAACGUGUCAAACUGUGGGUGUUCCCCGAGGGCACCCGACGCAAUACGAACGAAAUUCACCCGUUCAAGAAGGGCGCCUUUCAUGUGGCCGUUCGCGCUCAGCUUCCAAUCAUGCCGGUGGUGUUCAGCUCGUAUCGAACGUUUCUGGAUGAUAAAGCCAAAAUUCUGAACCAGGGACACGUCAUUGUGACCACACUCGAGCCGAUUGAGACGAAGGGUCUCACCAAGGAUGAUAUCCCGGCGCUGAUGGAUCGGGUGCGGAACGCAAUGAUCGACACGUUCAAGGCCUCGACGAAGGAGAUCGAAAACAAGUACAGCGUCAACGGGAACGGCUCGCCGGGUGUCGCCGGCUUGCUGGGUUCCAAGCUGCGACUGCGAUGCAUCGAUGAUCUCAUCAAGCCAAAAUUGCCCAGUGCCACUAGCAAGAAGAGUUCACCGGCCGAGGAAGACAGCGCUGCCAUUUGCCGGCGGAAGGAUUAAUUCGGGGCUCGUGGGAGCCCCGGAACUCAUUGUCGAACUGGCGGCGUGUGAUAUAAAUAGUGAUUAGUUUUGAGUGAAUGAACUCCUUCUGCGGAGAGGAAGAGGAUGAUAUAUUUAUACAGGAAGAAUACCAUAGAGGAUUUUUAGUCGCAGGGAAGCGUUUGCUUCAGAUUUCUUUCUAUUUGCGAUUCUUCAGUUAUUGUUAGUAUCAACACUGUGUUCCUAGUAAUUUACAUUUACAAUCAGUGACCGAUUAUUUUAAAAGUAUUCAGGAGACGUUUUUUUUAAGGGUUUAGUUUUAUCGACUCGCCAUAGGUUGUCACGAUUCAGAAAAUAUUCUUUUAUGAACAGGAGAACAUUUCCAAAAAUAUUCUAGGUCAUACAAUGUAUAAUGUGCGCUGAACGCUUGUAUUUAAUAUGAAGGUUUGGUUUACGAUGAGAAAUGCAUUUUUGUUCAGACAAUUAUACCAAUCUUUAUGUUUGUGUUCAAGUACUCAAGUAUCAUUGGAAGAAACUUAGGUUUUAUAUUUAUUGAAGCGUAUAGAAACUCAUUUUCUUCAGGAAAUUUUCAUCAAAUAGGUAUUCACAUCAUUAGGGAGAAACGGGAAUGUCCAGGGCGAUUCAUUAGAGGAUGGAUUCAAUCACCCUGUUUAUUUAUUGCAUUAUAAUCGGUGAAACAAUACCCAGUGCAUAAGACACUGGGGGUGGACUUUUAGCUGACAAGCUAAUAGAACACAUUUUUUUGCAUCAAUGGGGAGAACUUACUCGUGACUAUAUGCAAUUUUAUCCAAAGAAAUCGGAUGCGCUACAUUUUUUGAAAGCUGUUGAAAGGACUCGAGCAUUUAUUCAAUGUCAUAGCCUUGAAUAAGUGGAUUGCGCUCUUACUUUGGUAAAUUAAAUCAUAAAUACAACCAAGGUACGAAUCACAGUGUAAAAUGUGCUAACAGUCAGCUCCGUUAAAAAGAUUAGUUUUAUACCCUUUAUUGUUUUGGUUAGACACGAAACAUUUCUAAAAUCUAAAAGCGGAUGAAUCAUCCCUGGAAGUCCAGAAAGUCGAGCUCAUGACUAUUGUCAUGAGACGGAGUGUACAAGUUCUAUCAGGAAGUAUUGAUAUUAGAAAUACCAAAAACUAUGAACUAUUUUCUUUAUAUUCCAUCUACAGUAAAAGCCCGGAAAGUAAACCAAAAACAGUUCAACACUUCAGCAUUUAGUUAGUAUUAUGAUUUUUGAUAGUGACUAAAUUUAACGAAUGAGACAAGAAAAUCAUGGAACAGAGCAAACGAAUGAUUUUAUUUAUAUCAUACAGACGCAUUCUGAGAAGUGGAACAACACAACAUAAACCAAAAAAUAUAUGCCCAUUGAAUCGAAGAGUUUCGUAGCAUUCCGCUACUGUUUCCACUAGUAUUUUACUCUAGAUAAGCCGUUUGUAAUAUAAACUUAGAAAGAAAAACACAUUGAUGCUUUGUAAUAUAAUCCCAUAAAAUAUGCAAAAUAAAUACACAAAAUUUA